AUGGUUUGGUCUCCGCCUGUCGCGCCAUCGUCUGCCAAGGACAAGUCGAGCUUUGCCUACGAGUCGACCGUCCACCGCUGGCCCGCCAUCCUAACUCAGGUCAUUGACGGCAUCUACAGCGCCAACCAUGCGCUCUCCUACUCGCGGACCAACCAGUCGGCCAAGAUCGAAGAAGGCAAGCAAAUCAUCGAAAAGGUGGCCGCUCUCAAGCAUGACAUGAGCAGAGACCGCCCUCUCGAACCCAUUCGUGUUGUCCCAGGCAAGGACGCCGACGACGGGCCUUCGACCGAGCUGUACGAUGCCACCAUCGAAAAGGAAAACUGGACCUGGUUCCAGGCGCCUUGGCUUUUCGCCGAAUGCUAUCUCUACCGCCUGCUCAGGAGUUUCUUUGCGCGCAGCCAGCAUUGGAAGCAGUACGACCCUUUCUCUAGGACGAAGCUCGAUACGUUCAAGAGCUCCGGCACCGCCAUCAGCGCGCUCGCUGUCACCAUCCAAGAUCUCGUGACCAAGUCGCUCUCUUCCGAACAGGGUCCCGAAUCGACCCCUGAAGGACGCGAGAUUCUCUUCCACGAGAUGGCGCAGAUGUCGCUCUGGGGAAACGCAACCGACCUCAGUCUGCUCACCAAUCUUUCGUACGCCGAUCUGCAAGCUCUGCAGACCACUGGCAAGGAGCAGCAACAGGCGCGCAGCAAGUUCAUCCUAGCCAAUGACCUUGACCAGGCUUGGAGCAAGAUCUCGUCGCACACCAACGGACGCAUCGACAUUGUGCUCGACAAUGCCGGCUUCGAGCUGGUGACGGACAUGAUCUUUGCCGACUGGCUGCUGACCACGCCUCAUGUCGGCCAGGUGGUCUUCCACCCCAAGAACAUGCCCUGGUUCGUCUCGGAUGUCACGCCGCCUGAUUUCCGACACACGAUCGAGUCGCUGCUCGAGCCGAGCUUCUUUGCGCGCCAGGACGAUGCCAGUCAGGACCGUCACCGUAGCGUGAGUCGCAGCCGCGACUUGCAGGCUGACCCUAGCAAGUACUCCUACAAUGCUUCAUCUGGUGAGCAGGGUGCGCAGCCAGCCGGAUCGCGCUCGCUGCAGAUGGCUGAUAGCAGCGAACGCGGUCGCUCUCCGCAUCCCCCGGGAAGUCUGCAUCUGCAAGCGCGAGACGGCAGCGUCGACUCGACGGGACGCGGACGUGCUCCUGCCGGCAGCCGCAGCUUCCAGAUGGAUCCCGCGUACUUCAAGAACGCGCGCUCUCAGACCAUCUCCCCUUCGCGCUCGUACGUCAUGGACAGCGCUCGCUUCUCAUCGCUUUCCAUCCACGACGAGGAGGACGAACGACACGGUCGCGGUCGAUCCACCACGGUCAAGGACGAAACGCCUUCGUCGCAGACUCCCGUGCAAGCCAUGGUGCGCAGGUGGAUGAAGUACAUGGAAGAUGGUCGAUUCAAGCUUUCCGUUCCUCUCGACACGCCACUGGGCGCUGACACUGGCUCGGCCAACGGGUUCUGGACGCAACCCGUGUCGUACGCCAACAUGGCGCACUACUCUCCGGAACUGCACCAGGAGCUCGCCACCAAGAGCGAUUUGGUCAUCUUCAAGGGCGACCUCAACUACCGCAAGUUGACGUCGGAUGCCACGUGGAAGUCGGAUACGAGCUUCCGCGAGGCUCUGGGACCGCUCGCUGGGACGAUCGACAUCCUGGCGCUGCGAACGAACAAGGCGGAUGUGUGCGUCGGUCUCAAGCCCGGUCAGGAAGAGAAGGUGGUGGCAGAGGAUCCAAAGUGGAGGGUGGAUGGCAAAUGGGCGGUUGUGCAGUAUUGUCCCAAGGACAAGUGA